GCUGGACUGAGCUCGCACUCGCCUGCUUCUGUCUGAAAUCCCCACAUUUUGUUUGAAAUCGUCCUGUUUUAGUCACCCGGUUCGGUUUGAGGAAAUAGACUGGCAGGGACUCGGGGAAGUGUCCCAAUGGUUCAAAGACCACAAUGCACAUCUGAGGCUCCCUUGAGAUGAGGCUGACUGUGUGGGCGAGUCUUCAGCUACUUUUCAGCCCAUAAAAACAUUCAGUGAAGAAACAAAGACUGCAUGAACGGCCUGGGAUCGUGUUUGACAGAAGCGUCGCCAGCUAGCGUGAUAUCGAACAGACGACCUCCAACACUUCAGGAAAGGAAAAAAACAAAAUCUCCGUCGCUUUCAUUCCUGUUUUGCUUGCUCAAAGCAAGCAGGCUUUGACCAAGAUGAACCCGUAUGUCACUUGCCACUUCCGGAGGAAUCUGUUUCCACACUUUCAUUUGUUGUAGGUCCAUGCAGGGAAGACAUGGCGUGUCCCGUGUAUGUCCGCCUUUCAUCCGUCCUUCUGGGAGUUCCAUUGGACAGAUUUCUUCUAUAGAAUCAAGGAUUUGACGUUGCAAAGUCUUGAUACUUAUCCGUGUUCUGUGGUGGAGUGCUGGGGAAACGGUCUAUGCUCGGUAAAUACCAAGUCUUGUAGCUUGUCUUUGUUUAUUUGGUCAUCAAAUGCUUGCUUCUUAAUCAUGUUGAAGGUUCUAUCCCAUUUCUGGAUUUGAUAUGCUUGUAAUUUUCCCCUCUGUUGGAAAUUCUGACGUCCAGGUGCUUAUUGAAAGCGGGAAUUGGAGGUUUCAAUUUGGCAAAGGACUUCUUCAGGUGACCCGUGUACUUAGCUUUCUCCCAUGCGUCACAAACGACGCCAGACAGUUACGAGUAAUCGCUCUGUUUGCUUCCUUUGGUGUCUGAUCAGGCGAUCGGCGAGGUCCAGUUGCUGAGGUAGACGCACACUUCUUCAGGUGAUCUUUAUUCGUGGUGUCAUGUAGCUAAAUAGCCGCAAAGCUAAAGUAACACAGGCCCAGAGCCUCUAAGACAAAAUGUGGACUUGUUCGAGCCGUGACAUGACCGGACAAGAAACAGAAAAUGUGCACGAAUGAAUGAGUAUUUGAUGCACUCACAUGGUGUUCCUUUCCCCUCAUGCCAAAACCAAGGGCUGGGAGAGCAGCAAGAACUGUAUCGUAAGAAGUUUUCUUCUCACCUGCAUGCUAGGUAUUUCAACAUAACUUCUCCGAUUUAUUGAUUUGUCUGUUUGCAGUCACUCCCAAAGUCUGUGCAAGAGCUAGUCCUGGUGCCUGACAAUGGCCUCCCGUGUGCUUUUUUUCAAACCCCGCAUGCCUUGUCCAGUCCUCGGAUUGGUAAACACUUGCAUUUAAUUGUAUGCUUUUCCCAUGAAUGCAACUUAUACUUGAUCCCAGACAGUUUUUCUGUGAGACCUAUGCAUGAGAGGAUUGAUUGUACUGCAAGCAAGCGGGGACAGGACACACACAACAUGUAACGGACCAAUGGCCUUAGAGGGAAUUACAACCGGACAGCAUGGGUUGUUAUUCUGCUGAAAGACACCACUGAUACGACGACAGGUGACUUGGAGGACUUUGACAAAACGCCGCAUGAUGGGCGCAGCCCGUGUGAAACGGCGCUUCAGUGCUGUGGUGGAUGGGCCAGUGGAGGAGGAGGAGGUCAUGAGGCUGGCACAGAGUGAAGCAUGUCUGGCUCAGGCAGAGGGUAGCCCAACCGGGUCCGGCAGCCCGACACACGCCAUCAAUGGCAAAGCCCUGCAUCUUCACAGCAGAACUGAUGCACGGAGGCAGAGUGUUACCGGAGAGUCGGCCGAAGGAGAAGCCGGAGAAUGCUCAGACCUCAGGAAGGGAAGAGGAAGUAGUGGAGGAGGAAGAGGGGUAGACUGGUCGGACCAGGAUUCCCUAUCUUCUCCCUCUACCACAAGCCGCUGGCGCACCAAGCGUGCUAGCCGCCAGCCCCGAAAGCGCUUUGUGGACAAGGACGGACGCUGCAACGUUACCUUUGUCAACAUGAGCGAGAGGGGCCAGCGGUACCUCAGUGACCUCUUCACCACCUGUGUGGACAUCCGCUGGCGCUGGAUGCUGGUCAUCUUCACGCUCUCCUUCCUUCUCUCCUGGCUGCUCUUUGGAUUCGCCUUCUGGCUCAUUGCCUCCGCGCACGGGGACCUCUCUGUACGCCUCGCCCCCGUCCCCGGUAGCGUGUCGGCAGGGGCCGGCCCCGGGGGAGAGGUGGCAGUGGAGGAGCCAUGCUUUCUCCAAGUGAACAGCUUCAUGGCGGCCUUCCUCUUCUCUUUGGAGACGCAGACGUCAAUCGGUUACGGAUUCCGAAGCGUGACCGAGCAGUGCCCCCUGGCGGUGAUGGCGGUCAUUUUGCAGUGCAUCGUGGGCUGCAUUAUUGACGCCUUCAUCAUCGGGGCGGUCAUGGCAAAGAUCGCCAAGCCCAAGAAGCGCAACGAAACUCUGGUUUUCUCCAAAACGGCUGUAGUGGCCCUGAGGGACGGGAAACUGUGCAUGAUGUGGAGAGUUGGAAACCUGCGAAAGAGUCAUCUGGUGGAGGCACAUGUCCGAGCCCAGCUGUUGAAGUCGAGGGUGACGCCGGAGGGGGAGUUCCUUCCACUGGACAACCUGGACAUCAAUGUUGGUUUUGACACUGGCACUGACCGCAUCUUCUUGGUGUCGCCGGUCACGAUUGUCCACGAGAUCGACGACCAGUCUCCUUUCUUCGAGAUGGACCGCAAGACCCUGGAAAGCGACAGCGGGCUGGAGGUGGUGGUGAUACUGGAGGGAAUGGUGGAGGCCACGGCCAUGACCACGCAGUGCCGAAGCUCCUAUCUGGCAUCCGAAAUCCAGUGGGGUUAUCGUUUUGAACCCGUGCUCUUCGAGAAGAGGGACCGCUACGAGGUGGACUACGCGUUCUUCCAUCGAACGUACCAGAUCCCCGACACACCUUUGUGCAGCGCUAAAGAGCUGACGGAGCUCAAGGUUACCCCAAGCUGGCGCUCGUCCUUCUGCUAUGAGAAUGAAGUGGCCCCUGAGGCGGAACCCCAACGGGACCCCGAGUGUCCUGCCCCAGGGGCCACCAGACCGGCACAGCAUCUCCACUACUAGUGAGGAGCAUCCUGGAGGGAAAAGUGCGGUUCGCCUGAGACGUGGUGACCC